GGUUUGUUUUUGAAAGUCGGGUGCUGAUUGGCUUGGUGAGUGAGGUAGCGUCGGUUUAAACCGGGGGGCGGGAGUGUGUUCAGUUUGAACCGGAGAGACGGCAGUUCGGACCGCUAACAUCCUGACACACGGUGAGUCCUGCAGGAACCGGACCGUUUCACUCAUGGCCUCCCAGAACAUGGACCCCGCAGCGGCUGCAGCUUCUUCAACAGUCGCUCUGAAGGGCAGCGAGAGUGGUGGCAGUGCGGCCCGAAGCUCGGUGUCCAAACGGCUGCAGCAGGAGCUCAUGACUCUGAUGAUGUCAGGUGAUAAGGGGAUCUCGGCGUUUCCAGAAUCCGAUAAUCUCUUUAAAUGGAUCGGAACCAUUGACGGAGCUCAGGGGACGGUGUAUGAGGGCCUCAGGUACCGGCUGUCUCUGGACUUUCCGGCUGGGUACCCAUAUCAGGCUCCUCGGGUGAAGUUUGUGACGCCGUGUUUCCAUCCCAACGUCGACGAACAGGGAUUCAUCUGCCUCGACAUCCUGAAGGACAAGUGGUCGGCGCUUUACGACGUCCGCUCCAUCCUGCUGUCCAUCCAGAGCCUGCUGGGAGAGCCGAACAACGAGUCUCCUCUGAACAUGACUGCUGCUGAACUCUGGGAGGAUCAGGAAGCCUUUAAAGCUCAUCUACACUCAACCUUCCAGAAGUGAAGCUGCUCCUGUUUUAUUCUUCUUCUGUUUGUCGUCUGUGUUUGUACAAUAUUUUUAUGUUUGUUCUUCUCACUGUAUCAAUAAAGUUCUUAAUUCAGCUCA